CAUUUCUGUCUUUUCUAACUGGUGACUUGGCUCCGUGAACACGUGACAAGUCGUCGCUUAUUUGCGCUCCGCUCCCUCACAACAACUCAGCUGAAUAGAGAACAAAAGAGUUGGGUAGACCGACAUGUCCAAAAAUAAGAAGUGCCUCUCGGAUCAGAUGUCCUCCACACCUCCUGUCCUCCUGAAUACGGGGCUUCAGAUGCCCCUCCUGGGUCUAGGGACUUACAAGUUGGUGGGUCCUGAAGAAGUGUACGGGGCUGUGGACGCAGCGCUGGGUGCUGGUUAUCGGUCCUUUGACAGCGCAGCCGUCUACCGGAAUGAAGCUGACCUGGGCCGAGCCUUGAAGGAGCUCCUCCCCAAACAUGGCUUAACCAGAGAGGAUGUAUUCAUAACCAGUAAACUGGGCCCGAAGGAUCAGGGUGAGAAAGCCAUGGAAGGAGCCCUGCGCAGCCUGUCUCAGCUGGACUUGGGUUACAUUGACCUCUACCUGAUCCACUGGCCUGGCACACAGGGUCUGGAUGUCGCUGACCAACGCAACCCAGUCCACCGAUCUCAGAGUUGGGCCACGCUGGAGGAGCUGCACGCCCAGGGGAAGCUGAAGGCCAUUGGAGUGUCAAACUACACAGCAGCACACAUGAGAGAACUGAUGCAGAGCUGCAAAGUCCCACCUGCAGUGCUACAGGUAGAGUUUCACCCCAAGCUGUGCCAGACAGAGCUGAGGAAAGUGUGUGAGGAGUAUGGAGUGUGUUUCCAAGCGUACUCCUCCUUAGGGAAAGGAGAGCUGGUCACUGACCCUGUGGUCUUGGAGGUGGCAAAGAACUGUGAACGCACUACUGGACAGGUCCUCUUGCGCUGGGCCGUGCAGCAGGGCGUCCCAGUGCUCCCCAAGUCGUCAAAUCCAGAGCGAAUAAAGGACAACGCCAGGCUUUUUGACUUCACACUGAGCGACUCAGACAUGGACCGACUGUCAGCUUUGGACUGUGGGCAAAAGUAUUGUUGGGAUCCAUCAGAAGUUGCUUGAUAAACCACAAUUGGAACACACAUUGUCUUCCAUGAUGCCUCUUAAAUGCUCCUGUCCCAUAGCUCUGACUGGCAGUGAUGCAGUGGUGGGAAACCACCACCAGAAUAAGUGGGAAAUUGGAUUUUAGAAUGAGAAAGCCCAGUUACUUAACAAAUGCACUGGGAGAACGUAUUGAUUUAGAUCAAAUGUAUGAGAUGCAUAAUUGCUUAUGUAUUAUUUUGAAAAUUGGGGGGUAUGCUUUCCUGUUUAUUGUGACCCAUGUACCAUGAAACAGAGUCUGCUCAGGCAGUCAAUGCAUACUGAACAAAAACAUAUUCAAUGUGCCAAGAUUUUAAAGACUACUUCCAUAUUC